UGCGGGCGGCGGAGCUCUCGCGAGAACCGGCAGAGCCCAAUGAGGGAGCGGGGAGGAGGGCCGGGCGGAGGCGCUGAGGGGGCCCGCCGGUUCUCCCUCCCUCGUUCCUCGCGGUCUUUGAGGGGAGGGCUUCGCCCCCUCCCCCGGUUCUUUUUCUCCCCUCCCCCCGCCCUCACAACUCCCGUGGCAUCCUUCUUCGGGAGAGGAACAUGGAGGCGGCCCGGGCAGGACACCUGUUCCAGCACUUAAUUGAAACACUGAGUGACAAUGCAGACAAAAAGUUCUACAACAUUGCUAAACUAGGAGGCACCAAAUAUGAUCUCUUGCCUUACACCAUACGGGUCAUGUUGGAGACGGCUGUCCGCAACUGGGAUGGUUUCCUAGUGAAAGAAGGAGACGUGAUGAACCUGGACUGGCCAGCCAAACAGAACAAUGUUGAAGUGCCCUUUUGUCCUGCCAGAGUCCUGCUCCAAGAUUUCACUGGGAUUCCUGCAAUGGUGGAUUUUGCUGCCAUGAGGGAAGCGGUGAAGAACCUCGGAGGAGAUCCUACGCGAGUCCAUCCGGUCUGCCCUACGGAUCUUACCGUGGACCAUUCUUUGCAGAUUGACUUCAACAAAUGUGCAAUACAGAACACUCCAAAUCCCGGCGGCGGCGAUCCCCCACGGCCCCCUCCCUCAAAACUCUCCCCGCUCAAAGCUCCUCGGAAGCUGCCGUGCCGAGGCCAGUCCAGCUGCAAAGGCCCGUGCGACGGAGAAUCAAAGCGGAACCCGGGGCAGCUUUCUGUGCAGAUUGAGAACACGCCCCUCUUGUGUCCUUUUCAUCUUCAACCAGUGCCUGAGCCUGAAACAGUAUUUAAGAAUCAAGAGAUAGAAUUUGGAAGAAACAAGAGACUCCAGUUUUUUAAGUGGGGUUCCAAAGUUUUCAGAAAUGUCUCGGUAAUUCCUCCCGGGACAGGAAUGGUCCAUCAGAUGAAUCUGGAACACCUGUCAAGAGUAGUGUUUGAUGUCAAAAACUUCCUCUAUCCCGACAGUGUUAUUGGCACAGAUUCUCACACAACCAUGGUGAACGGCUUGGGAAUCCUGGGAUGGGGUAUGGGCGGAAUUGAAACCGAAGCGGUCAUGCUGGGCCUCCCCAUCACCCUCACUUUGCCCGAGGUGGUUGGGUGUGAACUGACCGGGUCGGCCAGCUCACUUGCUACAUCCAUCGACGUCGUCCUGAGCAUUACAAAGCAACUAAGACAAGCAGGUGUAUCUGGAAAAUUUGUGGAAUUCUUUGGCCCCGGCGUUUCUCAGCUCUCCGUUGGGGACCGAACCACCAUCGCGAACAUGUGUCCUGAAUAUGGUGCAAUUCUGAGCUUUUUCCCUGUAGAUGAUGUAACAUUGAAGCACUUAAAGCAUACAGGCUGUGACGACGGCAAACUCAAGUCCAUGGAGAUGUAUCUUAAAACUGUGAAACUGUUUAGAAAUUACCUAUCUGCUAAGGAACCUGAAUAUUCUCAGAUAAUACAUAUAAACCUGGGCUCUAUAACGCCAUAUGUAAGCGGUCCGAAAAGGGCCCAAGAUAGAGUGGCUGUAACCAACAUGAAGAGCGACUUCCAAGCAUGCUUAAGUGAAAAGGUUGGCUUCAGAGGCUUUCAGAUUCCUGCCGAAAAGCAGUGCCGCAUCGUUCCUGUCGAAUAUGAAGGCAACGAGUACCAGCUGGCUCAUGGGUCGGUAGUCAUUGCUGCUGUCAUCAGCUGCACCAACAACUGCAACCCUGCGAUGCUCGGAGCAGGUUUAUUGGCUAAAAAGGCCAGUGAAGCUGGUCUGACUGUGAAACCGUACAUAAGAACCAGCCUGUCUCCGGGGAGUGGAAUGGUCACCCAUUAUCUCAGUUCCAGCGGCGUAUUACCAUAUCUCAAUAAACUUGGGUUUGAGGUCAUCGGCUACGGCUGUUCCACCUGUGUGGGGAAUACUGCCCCUUUGCCAGAAGCCAUUCAGAAUGCCAUCGUACAGGGUGACUUGGUUGCAUGUGGCGUCGUAUCUGGGAGCAAAAACUUUGAAGGCCGCCUCUGCAGCUGCAUCCGUGCCAACUACCUGGCUUCUCCAUCUCUAGUUGUUGCUUACGCGAUUGCAGGAACUGUGAAUAUUGAUUUCCAGACUGAGCCACUAGGGGUCGAUUCUGAUGGCAGAAAUAUCUUCCUGCACGAUAUUUGGCCUUCUCGGGAAGAACUUCAGAUCGAAGAGGAGUUUGUAAUAUCAUCCAUGUUUAAAGAACUGAAAAUAAAAAUGGAGAAGGGAAAUAAGCGUUGGAACUCUCUGGAAGCCCCCGAGUCCACUUUGUUUACCUGGGAUUCAAAGUCCACCUACAUCCGAUGCCCUUCCUUUUUGAUAAACUUGUAAGCCAAAAACCCGCCUCCCCUCCAGUGCAUUGAAAAUGCUCACGUCCUGUUGCAUUUGGGCGACUCGGUCACCACCGAUCACGUCUCGCCCGCUGGAAGCAUUGCCAGGGGAAGUGCUGCAGCGAGAUAUUUGAUGAAUAAAGGCCUCACACCCCGCGAGUUCAACUCCUAUGGGGCCCGCCGGGGCAACGACGCUGUCAUGACGCGAGGCACCUUUGCCAACAUCAAGCUUUUAAAUAAAUUCAUCGGCAAGCCGGCUCCUAAAACAAUUCACUUCCCAACAGGACAGACGGUGAGGAUGUUUGAUGCCGCCGAGUUAUAUCGGAAAGAAAACAGCCCUCUGAUUAUCUUAGCCGGCAAGAAAUACGGAUUGGGCAGCUCAAGGGACUGGGCUGCCAAGGGACCCUUUUUACUGGGAGUGAAAGCAGUGAUUGCCGAAAGCUACGAGAAGAUCCACAAAGGCCACCUGAUUGGCAUGGGCAUUGCCCCACUUCAGUUCCUCCCCGGGGAGAGCGCGCAGUCCUUGGGGACUGACUGGCAAGAACAGUUUUCGAUCUUCUUCCCUCAAGAGUUAACACCUGCAAUCACCCUGCGUGUGAAGACGAAUACUGGCAAAGCAUUCCAGGUGGCUACUUCGUUUGACAGUGAUGUGGAAAUCACCUUGUACAAACACGGCGGCGUGCUGAACUACACAGUCCGGAAGCUGCUGUAAAGCUGUGUAAAAGCCCUUUUCCCCACCUCGGAGGACUGCCAAAGCCCGCCAGCCUCUUGAGGCCCUCGGCCCAAGCCUUCCUCUCCCCUGUUGGAACUGCUGACAACCUUCCCCCCCCCCACCCCCCAUUGUGCUCAGAUAACUUUGUCCAUGGAUGUAAAAGAUUGUGAAAUUGUUGUAGUGGACACAGCGAGGUCCUCCUGGAUUUUAAAAUACUCCCGAAUGGUGCUAUUGACGUUGUUAGACAUUGACGUGUCUUUGUGUUGUGAAAAGAGAUCUGUAAGUAUGAGGGGAGGGUGGGGAGGGUUCACCUUAGACUAUUUUGUACAUAAAUUAUGUGAAAACCCGAAACUGAAUUGUUAAGAUUCGAAGCCGGAUUCCCUGAAUUUUUCCUCCCUUCGUUUCUUUUUCUUUCCCACCUUUUAACUUCCCAAUGCUGUUUCUCGAUUUGAGCAUAGCACAUGGCUUAAUGAUGUAGGAUUCCCUUGUUUUAAAAUUCGGAGGAUCCCCAAUUCUGAAAAUGAACCGAAAAACCCACCACCCCCUUAGAUCUAGCUCAUGGUAUUGACCCACCCCACCCCCCCCCACCCCCGAAGUUUAAGAAAGGCUUCAUACUCUAUGCUUUUUUUUUUAACCCAGCCUCCCACUAUUUGAGGACUGGCCAACUAUGAGAACUUUAUAGCCUGUGGACUUCAAUUCCCAGAAUUCCUGGCUCAGGAAUUCUGGGAGUUGAAGUCCACCGUUCGUAAUGUUGUCUAUUUGAUGCCUUCCAGAAAAGUGGAACGUUGCAGUGGCCUCAUCGGGUGGAUUUUUCUGGGAAUUGCCCCAGACAUUGAGCAAGAUUCUCUCCGUGCAGAAAACUUGCUUUGUGAAAAAUUCCAAAGCUGAAAUUUAAUUGAGGGGAAAUGGCAGUGAUCUCUCCCGCUUUCUAGCUGUCCUGACCAGUAGCCAUCAUGGAAUUUAACUGGAUUUAUUUUAUCUAAACAACAUCAACCUCAGUUGGGCUUUGGUCUGUUAACGGAAGAAGAAACAGUGUUACCUGCUCCUUCGAAACUGAAUUCCCAUUUCUUCUCUUCCAUUUGUGCAGUAAACAAAACCUGUUGGGUUUAUAAAUGAAUCGUCUCCCCAAGUUUUCUUCCAAUCAUUCUGUUCUUUCCAAAACAGCUUUAUUUGGGAUGGUGGAUAGUAGAUUUUAUUCUGAGGAGGAAGAAUUUCUGAAAGUCCCCAGAGCGUUUACAGUAACUUUUGGUUUAUCAUUAACGGGAAAUUCCGUAGCGGAAAUAUCCCGAGCUCCUUUGAAAAAGGUCUGUUCUGCUUAAAUUGUUUAUAAGCCUGAGUUUUUGAUUAAACCAACAGAACCCCAUCUAAUAGAAUAAGUACUUCUAGUAAAUUCUGUGUCGCUAAAAGUAUCUUGACGUUCUGAACAACAAAUUAAUAUUCACACUUACUAGAUUUUCUUUUUGAGGCCAAAUGAUUAGAAAUGUGGAUUACAGCAAUAAAAGUCUGUGGACCUUUCUGCCCAGCCCUUUUAAACCUUAGGUGUUUUUUCCGACAAGCUCUCUUCAAUCUAUAUUCAUUGACUUUUUUUUUUCUUGAGCUGUCCUUAUGUUUGCCACUUUAUAGUUUUGCCAUCGGAAUCUUUCCUUUUAUUAUUGAAUGAUUUUUCUCUGAUUUCAGUGAAGUUCUUUCUUGACCAUUACAAACGGCAAACAAUAACAACAAUGUCUCAUGUUUGGUACCUAAAUUAUUAUUUUUUCCAGCUUUCGGGCAUCAUCUUUAUUAUUAUUAUUGGGUUCAGGGCACUGUGUCCCUCUCCUCCCAAGUAAAAUGUGUGUCCUAAAAAACCAGGGUGCCUUAUAGACACACCCCACGGUCCUGUAGCCCAGAGAUCUUCCAAAUUUGGCAACCUUAAGACCUUUGUGGACUUUUAAGUCCCAGAAUUCCUCAGCCAGACAUGCUGGAAGUUGAAGUCCACAAGUCUUAAAGGUGCCAAGUUUGGAAUACCCAAAACAGCCCUUCCAAUGUCCCGUUCUUUCAAAAUCCCGUAUUGGGGACGUAUUGUGAGCUUUUUAGUAAUCUGACAGUCACGUGAAGUCGAGCAACAUCUACGAAUGGCCUCCAUCCGUGUCUAGGUGCUGAUAACUGACAUUCUUUCAAAUGGGUGGGCUCAAAUAAACAGCUUCCCACCCCCCUCAGCCCACCCCAGUAGAGUGUUUUUGCUACGUGAUGUGUGUGACUUCACCUGUCUAAUGAUUCUGGCCUAUAGACGUUAGAAGAUCCGUCCGAUUGCAGGUCUCCCAAAUGUCAAGUCCAGAUUAUGAUCUGUAUUUUAGGUCAAACCUGGAAAUGGGCAACUAUGGGAACUGUACGAGCUGCGGACUUCAACUCCCAGAAUUCCUGAGCCAUGCUGGCUCAGGAAUUGCUGGGAGUUGAAGUCCUCAAGUCAUAAAGUAGCCAUAGUUGUCCACUCUUGGUCAAAUUCAUUGACAUGCCUUCACUUUUUCCUCCUACAUUCAAAAGAUAAUAUUUUGGAGGCUGCAACGCUAUCCUUUUUUAAAAAAAUUAAAAAAAGCUUUAAUUUCCAAUGAACAUCUGGAGAGAACUGACUAUAAAUAGAUUGAAUGGGAGAUGGACAUAACGUGUGAACCGCCAUAGAGCUUGAUAGAGAGACUUCAUAAUCCUCCUGACUGACAUUGGUAAGUUUUCAUGUAAUUAAAAAGCUGAGAGACUUGAGCUGACCCAAUCUCAAAAGAUUCCGGAUAGCUUUGGACACGAAUGGGGUUGAGAACCUCAAAAAUCUCUUGAACCUGGAGGCUUAAACGGAUUAAAUCCCUUCCUAAACCAAGAAAAGCAGAAUGAUUCAGACAAACAUAGUGAUUUAGACACUGAUAGGAGAGCCUGUGUAUAUUAAUUGGAAGCAAAACCACUUGUAUCCAAAUUCUUUUGCACGUUGGCAGUGCACAAUGUAUUUUAAUCCAAAGGCACUGGGUGUUCCAUAACCUACUAUAAUCUUGGACUUUCAAGUAAAGGCAAAAAAAAAUCACCAAAACUGGAAACGUGUCUGGUUUUUUUCUCAUCCUCUCUUCGAUUUGGCUUCUGAAAAGAACCACAACUGAGCCCUCGAUUAGAUGGUUACCAAACUAAGAGGGGGUGGUGGUGGAGAGUUAUAAAUGUAAAUCAAUUAUACACAGCAAAAUAAUACCUGCAUUCUAUUAUUCCCACGCAAGCCACUGCACCUUUUAAGGCAACGUUAACGGUCUACAAUGGUUUCCAGUUCACUCAUUAAGUAUUGUAUAGGCCUCUGAAAAGACAAAAGCGUUGAAUUUGCUGACAAUUGUGCAUAAAAUGUUAAACUGAUGUAAAUUAUUUUUAAUAAAGAAAAGUUGUACCAUG